UUGCUCAACCCACAAUCACAAUCAGACAGCCAGAAAAGAAAAAAGGGAAUUCGAAUUUAGGGCUUUUGAAAUCCCAAUUCGAAUUCCAAUUCUACCCACAAACAUGGCCAGAAAUAUUUCCGAUUCUUUGAAAGGUAAAAAGCGCGCGCGGGAAUCCGACGCCGAACCCGAACCCGAACCGGAAUCCGGCGAUAUCGAUCAGAUUCUGUCAUUAGAGGAAAAUCUUACCUUUAGUGACACAUUGGUGGCGCUUCGCAUAAUGCGAGAGCAGUUUCCCCAAAUUGACAAGCCAAUUCAGCCUUUCAUUUUGCGGUCACAGCUGUAUAGCAGUGUAGAGGACAGGACACAAGUGGACCGGGACCUGGAGACUCUAAGAAGAGAGAAAGUGUUGCGCAUCUUCAAAUUAAAUACAGGGCAGGAUGAUCAUGCAAUAAUUUUUUUCGAUGACUACCUAUGCCAGGUAGACCGAGUUGUGAAAAGAUUGGAAGGAGAAAAGGAAAGAGAUAUUCUUGAAGUUUUCAAGUGGUUCAGAUCACAUGUUAUUGAUUUCAAGCUUGAACCUAGUAUUGAACACCAAGAACUUUGUGCACUAUUAUCUCUUGGAGGAAAGGUCAAAGAUGAACACAUCUCCCUUUUAAUGAAUUCUGGCCUUCUUACUCGGCAACUUAUUGACCCAAACAUUUACUGGUUCGCAAUUCCAAAUAUUGGUUCAGUACUUAAAGGCCUUUCUCAGGGAAGAAAGGAAGUGCUUUCCCUUUUAAACCGCAGGAGAUAUAAAGAAAUGAUGUUGGCACCCUUAGAGAAGAAGCGGCUUAGAUUCUCUUCACUUGAUAUGAGAUUUCAUCUUCGUGAUCUGAUAGGCUCAGGUCAUCUCAAAACUGUCCAAAUACCAACAGGCAUAGUUGUACGAGUAUCAAAAGAUUGAUUUAGCAAUUAGCUCUCUAUUGAUGAUGGGAUGUUUAACAAAUUACAGAGUUUCUCUUCGCUGUCUUCUUCUAGAUGGUAGGUA